AGUGCUUUCCUUCCGGCCACGACCAUAUGCAACGAUGAGCGCAAGUCGCCGUUCUUCAGUUUCCUCUAUCAGCUCAGUUUCUUCUACCCAUAGUCUAGUCGGACCCGAAUCUCGUCUUGUCUUGGUCCACGACAACUUUGACGGGGACGACAAUGCACUCACUUUCGAAGACAGCGACUACGACGACAACUUCCAGGUUCCUGUCCGCACCUCAUCACCACCCCUUUCGCCUUCCCUCGUUUUCCUCUACCUCCUCUCUCCCCAUUUGAAGUUGGGCGCUCUGUUACUACCCAACGUCGGGUUAUCCCUGAAGAUUGGCCUUCCAGCGUUGUUCCUUUUCGCCGUUUUGUCUGCCUUUGCUCGGCAAAUCUGGUUCAUGUUGGCCAGAUAUGUUCGUCAAGAUGACCUUACGGAUGUGGUUGUAGACGUAUUCGUGAGAUCCAGAGGAAAGACUACGAUGAAGAAGACGUUGAAGAUAAUUGUUCUCUUCGGAAGCGGGAUACUGCGAAUUCUAUUGUCGGUUAUUUUUACUCGUGUAUCUAUCGGUCUAUUAACUCCCUUAUUCUCCGGUGACUUUCCGUUCAUCACCCCUACUAUUCUCUCCGUCAUCGUGGGAUUCUUCCUGCUUCCGUUAUGCCUCGGUCAAUCACUAUCGUCCAAGCUGGUUGUUUAUUCGACAUGGGCCUCCAUUGUUACAUUCGUUUUAUGGUUCUUUUGCGUGACAUACGCCUAUUCCCAUAGAGCGUUGGAAGUCGAUAAUGCUUGGUUAAGGAUGGGGGCCCUUUGGCAAGGAAUCGCGACAAUUGCUUAUGCUUUCGCAUCGUCUAACACACUUGCCUUACAUGCAUCGCUAAGGGCAGGCGUACGACCUUCUUCCUCUGCGGCACAGAAGCGUCCCCUCUCACAUUCGUUCAAAUUCCUUUCUGUUCUGUCUGUAUCGAUAGCACUCCUGUUUUCUAUUCCGCUUGUGAUUUUUGCUGCACUACCGAACAGGUUAAGUCUUCAGGCCUCUCGAGUUCAGCCAUUCAUUGUAUCCCUCAACGCUGCUACCCUUCUAUUGGGUGUCCCGUCUAUCCUUGUGACCGUUCCCAAGGUUCCUGUUUUCAAGCGCAUCAGAUGGCGAACCUCAGUACCUGUAUCUCGCCUUGCAGUCUUCGCCAUCGUACUCAUGUUGGCCAAUGUCCCUGCCUCAGUCAACGUUGUUCUCAGUGAUAUCCUGAUUGCCUUCGCACUUUGUGCGACUUAUUUCCUUCCCGCACUCUUGCACAUAAUUAACCACUUCUUCCGUCAACCUUUGUCUAUUGUCAUUCCCAGUCAACCUAGCACACCGAAUACGUCUUCUCCAGUUGGUAGACACAGCUCCGUGAACGACCCGUUAUUGCUACGCAAAGAGCAGGCAUUGCAGAAAAAACAAUGGAGGAGACGUAUCGCCUGGGAUCUCGGUGUCUGGACGCUGUUACUUCCAGUCGGAGGUGGAGGUUUUGCAUGGGCUAUUGGAACAUUAUUCAGCAGGUGGUGAGAUUAUAGAGUGUUGGGAGGGUAUUGCAUCGAAGUUCGAACGAUGCUUUCUUUUGGGAUGUUAGAUUUCCUAUACGCAAUCAGUGAUUGCACGUAUUGUACUUUGGACAUUGAACGUUGAACGUUGAACAACUACAUAUCGGACAAUGUAUUUUUUUUUCCCGUUU